UAGAAAUUCAAUAUGGCGGAAGGAAUGACUCUUCUUGUGAUAUGGUUUUUACAGUGGUUUUUAUAGUUUUCCUUUUGAUAAAAUAGCAAAGAUUAGGCACAAUUAAGUCACUACAGUGAUAAGAAUAUGGAGCUGACUAGAGAUGAAUCUAAGAGAAUUCUGAGGCGAAUUGAGCUUGAAGCUUAUUCUGCACUUGUUACUGCUCUUAGAGCUCAAGGUGAACUAGACAGACAGAAGAAAAAACUUCUUAGAGAACUGGGUGAACAGUUGAGCAUUUCAACAGAAAGACAUCGUGCUGAGAUUCGUAGAGCAAUUAGUGAUGAUAGAUUAUCUAUGAUUGCAGAAUGUGUUUGCGGAUCAGAUGCAAGUGUAGAGUGGGAAUCCGAAGGCAGACGUGUUGUGCCAUUAAUGCCUCGUCUUGUUCCUCAAACUGCUUUUACAAGCUCUGCCACAGCAGCGGCUAAUCAUGCUGCUAGUGUAAACUCUACAAUACCAUCAACAACAAAGGUACGGUUGAAAGACGAUGAUGAAGAUUUUAGAUCAAGGAAACGACAGAGAGCAAAUAGUCCCGGAACUGUCCAGAAAGUAAUUGUGACUUCAGUAACGAAAACAUCAACAUCACCCACAACAGUUCGUAAAAACACGACCAUAUCAAAAACACCAACAUUACCUGGAAAACAAGAAAACAACCAACUGUCAGGCAUGAAGAUGACGUCAUCAGCGACUAGUGUAUCUAAGUCAAUGAUUUUGGGAACUAAGUCCUCUGUUUCCGUCGCUCCAAGUAAAUACGUUGCUCCAUUACCCGCAAGUUGUUUACAGGCACACGCAUCUGUAGUGAGUGGCAACAAAAAUCGAAUGAACCUCAAUGUUGUGAAGACAAAACCAGCAAAACCUAAGAUAAAAACAUUGCCAGCCUCUGUGAAAAUAAAAAGUGUAUCAACAGGAAUUAAUGUGGCGCCUUCUGUAGUUCAGACCGUCGCUCAGUCAUUGCUAUCUAUUGCAAAGACCAAAGGUCCCGAAACUGGCGGCUCAACAAAUAAGAUAGGUCACGUGUCCAAAAGUCCAUCAACCAUAACUGUAGCUCCAAGAAGUUCAAUUUCUUUGACGGCUUUUAAGACAACAAUGCAACCAAAACAAAAUCCUCAGUCCACGACAGCUACGAUUCGUAAUGCUGAGGGAAUCUCUCGUCAGAGUUCUGCACAACUUGGCAAAGCAGUGUCUGUUUCAAGACGACCUCUUCCGGCUAUUCUUCCUAAAACAAUCUCACCAAAAACUCUUACAACUGUCUCAUCCCCAGGUCGAAAACUUGCCUCUAUAUUACCUGCCCCAACGAAGUCGACGUCCUCAACUCUCCCCAAUCCUCGCAUUAUUCCUGUCGUUGGAAGUUCAGGCUCAUCACCAAUCCCCAUAGCACCCUCACCCCGCCCACCUCAGGCACGUCCUGCAAGCUUGACUAACUCUGCUGGCAACAAAGUAACCACAGUUUCCAUUGCACCCGGACAAACUGCUGAUUUUAAGAAAGAUACCCAAAACAACAUGUCAUCAGAUGUGCAUGCCCAAUCUCCUUCAGGAUCACAAAAUUCCAGCCCUAUUUCCAGUAAAUCUCUGGAUAAUAUUCAUGAAAGAGAAACACUGUCACCUGUGAACGAAAUAAUAACCCUUGUGACUUCACCAUCAAAUGUUCCAUUUGUCCCUUCAUCUCCUGUGAAAUCCCGUUCAAACCCAUCACUCACUACAAGUGAAAUUUCUCUGGAAUGCAACGAAAACUUGCUCGAGGACUUGGUUAAAGAUGAUGAAAUUGCGAUUAAGAAGCGAUCUGCUAAUCUUUCGUCGUCCACCCAACAAGUCCACGAAACAAAUGAAAGCCAGAAAGAUGUUGUAACAGAUUCUUUACAACAAACUUUGAAAGAUGCGCAGCCAUGUGCUGAGGGUGAUUUUAGUCCUGUGGAGGGCAGAAAUGAAGCCACACCGGCUACCAUAACGAGCACUUCAAAACCUAUUGACCUUUCUCCUUUAGUAAGCGAACUUAUUUCCAGCAGUUCGUUUGAUUUUGAUAAGAAGCAAUUCGAUGAUGUUUCUGAUCUUGUUCAAUCCAAUGAUAAUGGUGAUCUUUUUGAUGGCGAGUUUCCUGUGUUAGAUCUCGCCACUGAGCUCAGUAAUGUUUCUGAAACAGUGAAAUCUGAUGCUAAAAAUAUAGGCUCAAUGGAUACAAUGGAAGAAGACAAAAAUAUUAAACAAUUUAGUCCUGUUGAAAAACAUGCGAGCGUCGCUACUAAACCACUUGAAGAGUUUUCAGCUGGUGAUAGGCCAGGAGGCAGUGUUGCUUCAAUCGAAGAAAAACAACAAGAAUAUAAUAAGAAGAAGGAUUCUCGAGAUGCGGUUGUGUCUUGUCAUGUGAAUAAAGAUGUUAACGCAACAGAACAUUUACAAGACAAAUUAGCGUCUCCGAGAAAUAACAAGGUUGGUGAUGAAGAAGAAGGAGAGCCCACAGCAUCUGAUGAAAAUGUUUGCCUGAAAGAGAAGGUGGAAGACCAUAUCGCUGAGACGAUGAAAACGUUUGAAGCUAUGGACAAGCAAAAGUUGAUCAAAGAUUCAGAGCAGGCCAUAACUUCGUUGUCUGAAUUCCUAAAAGAUGACAAAAAAUUAGGCAACAUUUCAGUUAGUAGCACGGCAGAUACAAUGUCAGAGAAUUCACAAAUUAUUAUUCACAGCAACGUUACAGAAAAUAAACCAAAAGUUGUAAACACAACUAGUUUAGAAGCAUCUGGAGGAAAAGGACAACAAGACGUUUUCUGGGAUAGAGUACAAAGUGGUGGAAAACAUUCCACAGAACAAACUGAAGCUGAAGUAAAAGAAGAGAAAGAAGAUAUCGCACCUGAUCGUGAUAAUAAAGAAAGUUCUGUAAAUAAAGCAGCUGUUGUAGUCGAGAAAUGCUCACAGACAAAUGAAACACAAGUCACUCAAGAAAAAUUGAAUGAAGGAAGACAAGAAAAUACAGAAGAACCAUCUAGUGGGUCAGAAGUUGGCUCGCCUGAGGGAAAUCUUGUUCGCACAAGUAACAGAAAGCGUAAAGCACCCCCACCUCGUGAUUUGUCGGUGCACCCUCCUGGUUGGGUUAGAAGUGCAUUGCAAUUGUUACAGAAAGUUUCAAGAUUUCGCGGAAGUGCACGAUCGAAAAAUGCUCGUAGUGCAGCUUCAUGGUUUCUGAAACCAGUUGCGACAUCGGAAGCACCUGGUUAUUAUAAAGUGAUCAAGAGUCCAAUGGACUUCGGGACGAUAAAAACAAAAUUGGAGGCAGGUGAAUAUAUUGCACCGUGUGACUUUCACCGCGAUAUGUUGUUAGUAAAAGCUAACUGUUGUAAAUAUAACCCACCUGGUCACGUCGUUCGCAAGGAUUGCGAUGAGGUUUUUCAAUUUUACGAGGCGGAAUACGAGAGAUUUGUUGAGAAGCUUGAUAAGAUAUAUUUACCAACACCGAAAAAGCAGAAACCCUCUCCUUCGUAACAAGGUAUAGGAUCAUUUUAUCAAAAAUUCCGUGUGGGGACUUCGUGCGAAUAUGAAAAUAAUAUGCAGGUAUAUAUAUAUCUAAAAGGCAGGCAUAUAGAACUGAAUUAAGUAACGUAUAAUAUUUUAAUAAUUGCUCGAGACUCUUAAUGUACGAAUUUAGUUAAAAACAUAAGUUGUGAUCCAAUGAUCCAGUAUUUAUUCCAUAUCUUAGUUAUUGUGAGUGAUAUACUUCUUGAAAAAUAGAUGUAUUCAGUGCUUCAUCUUUGACAAACUACCAUGCAUUGAGUGUUGAGUUAUAUCGCACGAAUCUCGUCUUUGUUGAGGGUAUUUUGAGAUAUUAUUCAUGUAUAACAUGUUCAUUUGCCAUUCUUCUUCCUGCAGAAGAAACAAAAAAUUAAAUUUUUUAAAAUCAACGGCGUGCAGAUUCCCUAAAUAUCAUGUCAGGAAA